UAUUCCUACCACCUUUUUUUCCCCCCUGUCAGAGACGCCUGAGCCCCACACAGGAACCAGGCUGACAUUGUUCGAUAGCCACGGACGUUUCCACAGCAGCUGGGAGGGUCGAAAGCUCUUUCCGCUCUUUGUUACAAAAUUUUUUUUUUUUUCCUUCCUUCUUCCAACUUUCCAGUUAAAGAAAAUCGCUGGGGCAUUUCUGAAUCAAUUCGGGCCGAGCUUCAGAGGAAAGAACAAGAGACAGGUGUAACUGGGUGGGAAAAACCCCAGGAUGCUGGUGAAGCUUUUGCUGCUCUGUAAUACAAUAGGAUUGGCAAAGCUGGUGGAGCACUCAGACCAUCGUGGACAUCAUGAUGGUUCGGUGCACAGCUCAGAGCCACGAGUUUAUGAGACCUCUGCAUACCCCCAGAGGACUCCUCUGUCACACCAAGAAGGUUACUGGGAGGCAGAAGGGCUCAGGGAGGAUACUCAAGAUUACCCUUCAAGUGUGAUUUCCUCACACCAGGAAGAGAGAGGGGAUUUUGAAGCUGCGAGCCCACAGUCCCGAAAUGGGAACUGGUGUUCCUUCACGCAGUCCCGGCUGGUGACAUACAUAGAAGCCUGCAUGAAGGAGAAGUACAUUGUCAACUCCCAACAGCCCUGUCCAAAUGGAACCCCUGACUGCCAGAAGAUCAUGUACAGGACAGCUCUGAAGCCAGUCUACCAAGUGAAACAGAAGGUUUUGAAGUCUUUGCAGUGGAAAUGCUGCCCUGGAUUUAUUGGCAAGGACUGUGAACAGCGUGAUCCUAAUUUUAUUCCGGUGCCAGGAACUGAAAUUGGAGGAGGAGAAGAAGAGUUCUCAAACCACAUGUCAACAUCAGUGGAUUCCAGAGAAAUGUUCGAAGUCAUUCAAAAUCAUGAGGCUUUACUGGAUGAUCUUCAAAGUGAUAUUCAUCAAGCAGUCAGCAACUUAGGUGACUUACAGAGGCUAUUUGAGAACAACGGUACGAGCAUGGUGUUAGAAGUGAACCAGAGCAAUUCAGAUCCUCAGGAAAGGCUUCUGCAGCAAGUUUUGUUUCCCCACGUGGAGAAUUUUCUAAGGAAACAUUUUAACCCGAUGUGGGCAAGCUUCAACAGGAGCUUACAGAACCUCUCCAACAUAGUAAGAAACCUGUCCCAUGAUGUGGAAGCCAACAAGAGAAGCAUAGAAAGAUUCCGAGAGAGCUCUGUGCCCAAGAAGGAAUUCCAGGAGCUGGGAACUAAAUUUGAAUCAAAAGUCCAAGAAAACAUAGUGAGAGCUGAUCAGGUGAAAAGAGAUAUAGAGAACCAACUGCACAUGCAACAGGCCAACAUUCACUACAAUCUCAGCAUGAUCAAGGCAGAUACUGACACAAAGCUCAAGAAGUUUCAUAAGAUACAGCAGUCCCAUUUCUUAGCUUUGAACAACAGCAUAGCAAAGGUGAAACAAGACCAAAACAACCUUGAAAAUAAACUGGAGACUUUGGAAAGAAAUUUAACAGAACUCUCUUUGCAUCAUGGUCCCAAAGAUGAAAACAGCCAGACAACCAUCAGACAAAUAAAUGACAUUCUGGCAGGGCAUGCAAAGCAGCUUAAAGAACUUUACAUGGAGUCAGAUGUGGCCUUUCAGAAUAUUGCAAUUUUAGAGAGGUGGUUUAAGGAGUUAAAAAAAAAUAUCUCGAAGUAUAGGCCAGAAGAUCUUACAAUAACUUUAACUGAGAAAUCAGUUAUUAUGGAAGAAAACAAUGCAGCAAUGGAAAGGCAAAUAUCAGAGUUCAACUACACUCUGUCAAACCUUCAGGAAAACUAUUCAGAUCUGUUGAGGUACAUGGAGGAAUGUAAUUGCCAGAGAAUAUCUUCUGACACUGAUGUACUCGAGGAAGAUUCAAAGAAUAUCACUUAUUCCCUUGAAGACACGCAAUCAAAUUUAAAGGAUAUGAAGCACUUAGAGUCAGUUCUCAGAGAUCUCUUGAGGAAUGAAAUUGAAGAGCUCUCCUCAGCUAUCCCAUCUAUCCAUCUGUCUCUUAGUCUCCGUCAAGAAGAGAACAGACAGCUCCAGUCACAAGUCACAGCUUUGUCAGAAGACAUAGGCUCGAUGAAGAAGAAAGAUGAAGAAAUUCAUAGACACAUCAAGUAUCUCAACAGUUCUUUUGGCUCUCUUUUGGAAGAUGCCAUGCGGCAUGAAGUAGCACUGGAGGCUUUACUGAAAGAAGAAUUUGUAGAUGUCUUGUUUGAAGACGAUUUUAGCAUCCUAAUACCGUCAGUAUUUGAGCUGCAAGAAUCUCUCAGACAUAUCUCAGAUAAACUCCAGGAACAAAACGUGACUUUAGAGUCUCUUACAAGGAGAUCUCAUCUCUCAGAGAGAGGUCAACAGAAUAAUCCUGAUGCUCGUACACCUCCCAACCACCCCAGAGAAGAAACACAAACGCCCUCUACUCUAGACGAAGUCAGCAGCCAAGGCAGCAUCAGAGAGCACAUGGAACCCAACUACGAGGCUGCCAAAGACGACUCCUUGGACAGCUCGGCUUAUAACGAUAUCAUGACUCUGAAGAAUGAUAUCAAACACCUGAGCCUGGCAAUCAAGAGUCGUGAAUCCAGAAGUGACGCGAAUCUCUGCUGCAAUCACACGAUAGCAAAUGUAAUCGAGCCCCUCAACAGUUCUGUGGGGAUUCUCUCCGCAGAUUUAGCAACCAUCAAGCGGCAUCUGGACGAACAUCUGCUGAUUUUUAAAAAGCUAUUUGGAAGUAAUGAAGAAUUAGUUGCCUCAAAGAUAAGUCUGGAUGUUACAAAGAUUCAGUCAAUGCUGAACAGAAAAGAGGGAAGGCAACAGAAAGGUCAAGACAAGCAAAGAGACAAGAAAAGGCCUGAGAAGCACAGAGAAAAUAUGCAAGCGAUAAGUGGAAGAAAUACAGUGCACACAGAACUUUUGGAAAAAGACUCCUUGGUGGCAUUCCACGUGGGAUUCUCAGAAGGAAAGGAUAAAGAAAAACCUGUGAGGUUUAAUGAAACAUACUUUAAUUAUGGGAACAGCUAUUUCCCUGAGCAUGGCCACUUUAAAGCACCACAUAAAGGCAUCUACCUGUUUGUCAUCUCUGUGGAGUUUAGUUCAGGACCAGCACUGGGACAACUCUCCUUUAGCCGUGGGUACAAAAGAACUCUCUCAAGUAGUCAGAGGAAAACACCAAAUGGAAACACCGUGACUACUUUUGCUAUGGCAGAAAUGGAGAAGGGGGAGACAGUGAGCUUUGAAUUGCUGCAGGGCUCUGUAGUGAAGAGAAGUCCACCUGGGACAACUAUGGGUGGAUUCCUAAUAUCUAAAACUUGAAUAGUGACAUUUAUGUUUUACUGAUCUCUUUCCAUAGAUGCAAUGGAUCCACUCACUAUUGCUUCAUCUGUGAUGUAUUCAAUCCUACUGCAUGUGUUUAAACAUAGCACUACCCUAGGUUUGUCUUCAUGCUUCUUUUCUGGAAGUGUUUGGCUUUUGAUUAGUUGCUUAUGAGCAGCAAUGGGAUUUUCUUUCAAGUGAAAAGCUAAUGGUUUGGACUCCAAAUGUAUCAGCACACACAUUCCCAAACCCUUCCACUGCGAGAAUUGCACCUAAAUGUUUUGUGGGACUUUCUUCCCUUAUAAUGCAUGUAAUUUCUCCUUUCCCUUGGCAAAUACCCCCACCACUGGCAAGGAAGACAUUUUUAGAGAGGACUGCAUAUAGCAACUCUGGUACUAUGUGAAUGGUACCUCAAAACCCAGAAGCCAGGGCAAUUUUACCUUUUAGUUCUCUAUGGACCACAGGCAGUCACAGACUAUCUUGGAAACUUCUGCAACUCACUCCAGUGUUUAAGUCUGUGCACAACAGGAACACCAGUAGAGAUCUGUCAAAUCCAGUAAGAUUCACUCUCUGCUAAUAUUUGCAAGCAAGAAUAUUCUAAAUGGCCCAAUCUUUGUUUCUGGGCCUGUGUUGUAUUUCAACUACACUGCAAACAUUUAACAGUAAUAUAACAUUAAGAUGAAUUACAUCUUAAUAAUUUUAAAAUAUUGGUGAAAACGCAGUUUAUUUCUAAAGAUAAUCCUGAAGACAAUCAUGAAUUCAGCCCAGAGUCCUGCAUUGAGUAAGUAUUUUUAAACCAAACAAGCAAGCAAACAAAACCAACAACAAAAAGGCAAGGUGAUUGGUCUGCUCUCAUUGUUGAAUAUACAUUUAUAAUAAGAGUAAACCAAGGAGUAGAAUUUUUGAACCUUGGGAUUUUUUUUUUAAUUUCCAAAAAUCUCAAAAUGACCAUGUCUGGUCAUGUCCUAAGCUUUUCUUCUGACAAAUAAAGCAUCCCAAAGAUCUUCAUUGUAAAGAAGUUCAAGUAUUGUAGUAUUUUUCUUUGUUUACCCUAACACCUUACAAAGCAAUAUUAAAGCAAUUAAAUUUGCCAAAUCGAAAUGCACUUUGAAAUUGCAAGUAUUUUUGAGGAAGAGGUAAUUUGUGCCCUUUUAAGGUAGCAUUUUCUAACAGAAAUCUAUCCUGCUGUUAAGGGCUUUUCUCCCCACCUACUUGUAUUCAAACCAACGCUAAACUACAAAAUUUUUAAAAAACCCAACCCAUUGGUACCAACACAUGUUGCACUUUGGGCAACAGUUUGACAAGCAGACAACACAUAUCUUCUGAAAUAAAACUACAAAACAGUUUCAGUUGGUGAGAAGAUUGCUACUCUCCAUCCUGAAAAAUCCAACAGAGCAAACAAUGAAAAAUUCUCCCCCAUCUCCUCCUGGCCAAUGCUGAUUUCCACAUGAGAUUAACAGGCCAAGUGUCCCAGUUUAUCUGGCACAGAGCCACAUUUCACACUGCUCUGCAGCAGGCAGCACACACUGCCUGCAAGCUCAGGGUCAUCUUCUGUCCCACAGAUUGUUCAGGUAUCUGAGGGAAGGAAGAGAAGAAAAAAACGUAAACAGUGAAAUGUCAGAACUGAAGGGCAGCAUCAAACUGUAAGACUGGGUUCUUUCAGUACAAAGCUACUAUACUGGGGUGACCCAGAUGUUUUUUUUACCAGUGCUCCUCCAAUUACAGACGGUUCCACAGUUAAAUACAGAUGAGGGAUAUGCAGAUAUUUAAAAACACUGCUUGUUUUUAAAGCUUUGGCAGAAAGCUUCAACUGGAAUGAAACCCAUACCAUAGCUACUUGGAAAAGGACAUGGCAGGUAGUAGACAGGACUUGUAAAGGUUUGGUGUCCUUGUACCUUACCAGAGUUUACUUUUGUUUAAGAAUACACAAGGUGAGUUCAGAGAUCACUGACCUCAGAGUGAAAAAAAUGUUAAUAUAAAGAUGUUUUCAUAUUUGUAUUCUUCAAAUAUGUGCUUAAGUUAGUCACUUGCAUAUACAAAGAAGACACACUUGACUGGAAGACUCAUUUUCAGACUCUUAAGUGAAAAAUUAAUGAAAGUUAAAACACUACUGGUUGCAUAAGCCAGGAAGACUGACUUCCUUGUCAAGCAACAAGAUCAUUAAGCUACUGAGCUGUGGUUGUGUUUUUUUUUGAAGUAAUACACCAGAUUUUUCAUAAACUUCCACCUAAACCACUUCUUGCAUUUUUGGGGGGGUGGUGGUUUGGUUUUUUUCCCGUAAGAUUAACACAGCCACAUCACCAUGACCUGCAGUUCUAGGCAACGGACUAGAGGAAUCAAUUUAAUGAAGAUAAUUUAAAACAUAGCUAUUGGUUGGCUCAGUGGAUUAACAGGGCAAUUUCCAAACACAAAAAACAACCUGAAGCUGACCAUAGGCAUUAGAAAAAGAGUUGCCUGUAAAAGCAGACAAGUUGCUUAAGUUUCUCUCGGAGGAGAGCAACCAGACUAACAUGCCUGAUGGCCACAUGUGUGCUCACUCCAAAAUACAGAUACAUGUACUGUCAAUCUGAGCCUCAUAGUUAAAAAUAAAAGCUUCCAACUGCUUUUAGUACUUCCUAGAAAUCUGCCAGAAAACAUUGCCAAUACUUCAAGUUCCUGAAUUUCCAGAUCAAACCACUAAGCUUUGUAAUAAGCUAGAAAGUUGUGCAUCUUAAUGCCUUCAUGGAAUUAUUUUGUUACUGAAACUUCUGCUGCUUUAUGAAUGUCAGUAUCUUAUAGUACUUCACAUUUUAAAGUCUCCUCAUGUUUUUUUCUUUUCCAUUACUAAGAUGACCCCCUUACUUUACUCAAAAUCCAACUACUGAUUGUAUCGUAUAGAAACAAUUUUACUUUCUAUAGAUCCAUCAGCGCCUGAAUUCUACAGUCAGAUUCAUGUGAACUCUUUCAGACACGCACAUCAAGCCAGUCUCUGAAGACCAUGGAGGUCACCCCUCAUGAACCAGCCUCAGGACGUGGUCAGCCCACAGUAGUGGUCCUCUCACAGCUCAGAUUCACAGCUGAUGUGAACUUAAUGCAUUGACACCACUGAGAAAGACCAAAGUGGUGUUUCGGGAAAAGCUGAAGAUAAAGCUGCAGAAGGGAUUAAGGAAAUCAAUGGAAUUAUAUCUGAUCCUAUAUUAAAUUAGUGAUACUUCUCCAA